GUGUAUUGCUGUAAAUGACUUAGGACAGCGUGGAAGUUUACCAACCGUAUUGAGUGUUUCAGGAGGGUUACCUGAAGUGUCAAUAGGAACCCUACCUCAUUCAGCAAUGUUUGGAGAGAGUUAUACAAUACAUUGUAAGGUGCAAGCUGUUCCUGAACACACUGACAUAUACUGGCAGCAUAUUACGGAAGGUUUUAUUAGAACUAUAAGGAAGGACACACUUGGUGUGAGUGGAGUGACACUAGACGAUCCAAGACUUACCAUUAACUAUGUUACUACCUCUGAUGCUGGAUCUUAUACGUGUUCUGCGGAAAAUGUUGUUGGAACGGGAAGUAGUAAAAGUACCAUUUUGAACGUUGAUGGAGACAUACCUGUAGUUGACGUAUCACUGCCAAGCUCUUCCGUAAAGGAUGGUCAUGGUGUAACUUUAGGAUGUUCAGUUAGUUCGAAACCACCGCAUACGAAUGUUUAUUGGAUAAAAGACUCGGACAAUGGAAAGCUGGUUUUCAAUCAUGGAACAACAGGAACAAUUGGAAUGACUAUUGAAAACCCAUCAUUGACUCUGAAACCAGCAACCAUUACCGACUCUGGAACAUAUACAUGCUUGGCUUCUAAUGUCAUUGGUACUGGAGCUAGUCGUCCUGUUUCAUUAACUGUAAUGCCAGAAGAUGAGGCGGAUGAAAUUAUGAUUAUCCAAGGUUCUAACAAUCCGCAUUGGCCAACGAUAGUAGGUGCUAUUGUGGGUUCUUUUUGCACUAUGAUUGGCAUUAUAGUGGCAACCGUGUGUCUGUAUAAAUGCUGUGGCAUUGGAAGCACAGCGUCUCCAGAAACUAGACCAGAGAAUCAUCCAUCACCAGGGGCAGACAAUACGAUUACCAAUGAAACACAUUCGAAUUCAAAUGAUACCCCACGUCAUCCAGGUCAAGUCCAGCUUGACGAAUCAAACAGCUCAACUUCUUAAAAAACGCUUAGCGUGCUAUUACAUGUUUUGUAUUUAACACUUCAAAGUCAACAAUGUAGAAUGUAAUAUUAAAUAAUCUUUUUCUUGUAUGUUUGAGUAAAUAGUAAAAUACAUUCAAACAAAUUGUCAAUUACAAAAUGUUUUGUUCAUUUACCUAAAUUGGCUUUUAGAUAUGUACAUGAUAUUUUGAAUUUUAUAGUUGCAUAUAUGCACAAAAAGUGUUCCUUAUUUAAUGAAUGCAUUCCGUUUAGCUUCUGAAUUGUUUUUCGCAUUGUUAUCGGAGAUGUCGGAGAAAAACGGUUCAAUUAUAUUUAAAAUAUUGUUCAUAUAGAUGAUAAUUUUUGUAAAAACAUAAGAUAAAAAGAUCGUCAA